AUGAAAUGCCCAAAUCAUUCAGAUUGGUACAACAACAAGUGGGCUAUCAUGUACGUCUACUACUUCCCGAAAGACUCGCCGCGUCCCUAUGUCGGCCGUCGCCACGGCUUCGAGCAGGCUAUCGUGUGGCUUGAAAAUCCUUCAUCGAGAAACGUGGUGCUGGCGGUGUCGUUGUCGGAAGGUCAUGAGUUCUCAAAGACGAUUUUACCAGACUCGAAAUUUCUGCACGGGACGAGUGUCAAACUCAGCUAUGAGAAGUUGGUGGGCAACGGAACUCACGGGCUCAGACUUACUGCAAAGAAUGGUGAUUCCCUGCUUUUGAUCAUGUGGGAACAGCUCACGCCAGAGGCUCGCAAUGCGGUCAACGGUUUUUACUCGAUGAGAUGUGGAUCCCACGAGUGA